UCAUCCCCCGCGCCCCGAGAUUCCCCGCUGACGACCCGCUGACGUGUGGGGCCGUCGCCGGCGAACCCCGCACGCACUAAUCGAGCCGCCCCGGCUGCACGCGGAGAAUAAGACGAGGCGGAGCUGCUCGAAUCCCCCGCACACCAACAGGAGCGGCGGGAGGAGGCAAGGCAGCCAUGUCGUGCGGCGGGUGCGGCUGCGAGGCGGCGGCGGGGAUGGGGGCGGGGGCGGGGGCGACGGCAUCGGAGGCGUACCUGCGGGGCGAGCCGGUGCGGGAGGCGCGGGAGCUGGUGGCGGAGCUCUGCCGCCACUUCUACACGCAGGGGUGGGUCACCGGCACCGGCGGCAGCAUCACCGUCAAGGUCAACGACCCCGCCGUGCCGCUCGCCGACCGCCUCAUCGUCAUGUCGCCCUCCGGUGUACAGAAGGAGAGGAUGGUACCAGAGGACAUGUAUGUGAUGGCUGCAGAUGGGAAAGUGCUGUCUGCGCCAGUAGCAAAGCCAUGGCCAAACAAACCUCCAAAGUGUACGGACUGUGCUCCUCUUUUCAUGAAGGCAUAUUUGAUGAGAGGAGCUGGGGCUGUAAUUCACAGCCAUGGAAUGGAGACUUGCAUCGCAACACUGCUUAACCCUGGUGCAAAGGAGUUCAGGAUGACCCACAUGGAAAUGAUUAAAGGAAUCAAAGGUCAUGGCUACCGUGAUGAAUUGGUUAUUCCUAUUAUCGAGAACACUCCUUAUGAGUAUGAACUCACUGACUCCCUAAGUGAGGCGAUUGCAGCAUACCCAAAGGCAACAGCUGUCCUUGUACGAAGCCAUGGAAUUUAUGUGUGGGGUGACUCUUGGAUCAAUGCCAAGACACAGGCUGAAUGCUACCAUUAUCUUUUAGAUGCUUGCAUCAAGCUCUAUCAACUAGGAAUUGAUUGGACAACUCCUGAACAUGGUCCGUUAAACAGUGCGAAGAGACUGCGCAGCAUUUUGAGCCCUGAAAUUCCUAAUGGAUGUCAUGCUGCUGAAGCAUCAAAGUGUGUUGUACUUGACAUUGAGGGCACAACCACUCCAAUAUCAUUUGUGACUGAUGUUAUGUUUCCUUAUGCCCGUGAUAAUGUGCGAAAGCAUCUAGUUUCUACAUUUGAUUCCGAAGAAACCAAAGAAGACAUCAAGUCAUUGCGCAUCCAAAUUGAAGAUGAUUUAAGAAAUGGAAUUGCUGGGGCUGUUCCAGUUCCACACGAUGAGGCUGGCAAAGAAGAGGUCAUCAAUUCGUUGGUGGCCAAUGUUGAAUCAAUGAUUAAAGCAGACCGGAAGAUCACAUCAUUGAAACAACUUCAGGGUCAUAUAUGGAGGACUGGAUUUGAAAAGAAAGAACUACAAGGAGUUGUCUUUGAGGAUGUUUCAGUGGCACUGAAGAACUGGCAUGCUAGUGGCAUAAAGGUCUACAUAUACUCGAGUGGAAGCCGAGAGGCACAAAGGCUUCUAUUUGGCAAUACAACGUAUGGUGACCUGCGAAAGUUCCUGUGUGGGUAUUUUGAUACCACAACUGGUAACAAAAGAGAAACCAAGAGCUAUUUUGAGAUCUCUCAAUCACUUGGUGUUGACAGUCCAUCUCAAAUCUUAUUCAUCACUGACGUCUACCAAGAAGCCAUUGCUGCAAAAAAUGCAGGUUUUGAUGUGAUAAUCUCCGUUCGCCCGGGAAAUGCUCCACUUCCGGAGAACCAUGGUUUCCGCACUAUCAAGUCAUUCAGCGAGAUCUGACGAAUGCAGACUUCUGGACGUGCCAUGGCACAGGAUAUGUGUGUAAUUCACGAGUGCUUUCUGGGCUAAUAUUAGCCGGCGGAUCAGUCCAUGCAAUAGUAGCAGUACAGCGCCUCAGCAAGGCAGAACGAGGUGACGCUACAAUAAACCGUAAUGGCAAAAUAAAAUUGUACAUGCUGGUCCGUUAUGUUUUUGUAGUUCCGCUGCAAUAAGAGAACUAUAUUUUUGUGCUUGGCUGCAAGUUGUUUAUCAUUUU